AUGGCAGAGGAGAGGCAUCCUGACAUGACAAGAAGCUAUCGCAUGAUCUGGAUCCAUCUCUCGGCGAGACACUUUUAUGGCUCCAACAUUGAAUUUCUCCGACGUAAUGAACGAGGUGGCAAUUAUAUGCCAUUAAGUCAGGGCACACACUUUCACGAGCAGUAUGAAACGAAUGCUCACCUUCGGGAACGAACCACUCCAUCCUCUGAGCCGGACUCCAGAGGCACGCCCACCCCUAGGAAAAGAGUCCCUGUUGCAUGCGAGAGGUGCCGCAAGCGGAAGAUCAAAUGCAGUGGCAAUGAGGGCGAAAGCGGGAGCUGUGUGAACUGCAAGAAUGCUGGCCAAUCCGAACAAUGCAAGUUCAUGAGAGUACAAUCUUACGAAGCAGCCGCGCUUCACCUACGAACAUGGCCAGCACAGCAACAGCAGCAUCAUCAUCGUUACUCCCCUUAUUCGCACCCAUUGCGCUAUACACCAGUUCCGGCGGCGCGAUACAGUCCCUCAAACUCUAUGCCCUUUCCCAGUGUCAAUAGCCCAGUGGAUUAUGGUGGAUAUGGUGCGUCUAGUCCGAAUGUCGAGUGGUCGAGAGCACCUUACGUGAAUCAAUAUGCUCCAUUCGGCGAGGAGGACGAUAACAAUCUCUACUCGACCCAGCCGCCACCUUACAUCCUGCCAAAUACUGAUCCUAUGACCAUCAGUGCUAGCAGCGCCUGCUAUGCCAACAGUUAUGUUGUUCGCCAACAGUCAGGCUCCCUGUGGCCCGACACCCAGCAAUCCCUUUCCCAACAGGCCUCUCAAAUGUCAAACCAGACAUACGCAGUGCCCAGCGACGCUUCACAGUCUCCUUUACAAGCCUUAGGUAUCACUUCCAAUCGCACGGCUGAGAGAACCUUGCCUGCACCAACUGUCCGAGCUUCGGCGUAUAUGCCUGCCCCAGUUACAAACAUAGACGCAAGCCUUCUCACGAGCUCAACCGAUCGACAAUCCACUUCCUGGAGUCAUGAUACUUCGACAACACCACCCCUCUUAUCGAGCCAGCUGGAAACCGCCAAUGGCCAGGAUCAUGUGAGCGAGAGAAGAAGUGCAGCAUACAGAUUGCAAGAAUUGGCAUAUGGCCACAUUCCCAUGUGUGACAAUAUGUCCGCCACUGGCCUGCAAAGCCACACCCCAGGAACUCUCCAUGAAGAGACUAACCCAUCGGUGGAACCCCCAUCUCAAGGUUCAUCGCAAACAUGCCGGCGAACAUUUUCACACGACAGCCCGAGAUCGGGGACAGACAAUGCGACUGCGAGCUAUGGUUACACCAAUGGGCUAGCAGGUCGCAAUUUGCAGAUGAGGAGCUCUUCAGGUCAUCUCUCAAACGGGGUGCUGUACUGUCGUACACAACCACCCGUGUCACGACGAGAAUCGGCGCCGGGCGAUUGCAGCCCUGGUACUGUCACCAGUGUUGAUUGCUCCAACUGCCCUACCGAGUCUGCGAGAUCCUCAGUUACAUCUAUCAGCAACUCUUCUUCUGGAUUCUAG